CGUUUGCAGCCGGGGGCUUCAUAAACAAGAUAACAGCAGCUCCCGGGCGGAGGGUUAACUUGUCACAGACACUGCCUCAUCAAAUGACUCUGUCCUGACUCAUAUAGGAGUCAGGGGCCGCAGGCCACAGCAUGGGUAACUCCUCCAGGAAGGGAGAGGGGGAAGAGGAAGAGGAGGGGGCGAAGGAUGGUGAGGAGGGAGAAAUGACAGAGAAGAAGAAAGAAGAAGAGGUGGAGGUGGAGGAAGAGCUUCCACUAGGGGUGGAGGAGUUGUUCGAGAGUGGAGAUCCCGUGCUGGACUUGAGCUACCGUAAAUUUAAGCGGUUGCCUUUGCGUGUGAGCGGACUGUUGCAUCUGGAGAAGCUGUACGUUUGUGGGAACAGCCUGCGCACGCUGCCUGACAGCAUCUCUCAGCUGCAGGGCCUGCGAAUCCUCGCCCUUGACUUCAACAAGAUGGAAGACGUUCCACCGGCUGUCUUCCAGCUCACUAACCUCACCCGCCUCUACCUGGGCAGCAACCGGCUCAUGACCCUCCCGCCCGAGGUGAAGAACCUGCAGAGUCUGCGCUGCCUGUGGGUGGAGAGCAACUACUUUCAAAGGUUUCCACGGGAGCUCUACGACCUGCCUCACCUCAAGUCCCUGCAGAUUGGGGACAACCGGCUGAAGACGCUGCCCCCUGACCUCUGGCGUAUGGAGGCUUUGAGGGGAUUAUGGCUCUACGGGAACCGCUUUGAAACCUUCCCCAGAGUCCUGCUACGCAUGGAGGGUUUGGAGAUUUUAGAUCUGGAUCGCAACAAAAUCUCAGAGUUUCCCAGCCUGAAACGUCUCCACGCCCUGCGCCUCUUCUCCUACGACCACAACCCAGUGGAAGCCCCGCCUAAAGUGGGCGAGGAGGUGCUCGUGGUUGGGGAAGGCGCAGCGGAGUUCUUGGAGGCUCGUGAGGCCAGGAAGGAGAGACGACGAAAGGCCGCAGAGCAAGAGGCGGAGGAGCUGGCUCUGGCAGGAGAGGAGCCCGUUAUUCACGGUAUCCUAAAGAACAGCAACUCCAACUCAAAACAAGCGGCGGUGACUGUAGAGGAAGGAGACAUUAAAGAGGAAGAGGCAAAGGAGGAGGAGGAGGGUGUGGAGCUGCCCAUCACCGAGUACGACGGAGCUGAGCUUGAAUAUGACGAGGAGCUUGUUGAGUAUGAGACAGAGGAGCUGAUAUGUGAGGGAGAGGGGUUUGAGUAUGAGGGCGAUGAGCUGGAGUACGAGAGGGCUCAGAUGGACUAUGAGUACGAGGAGCUGGAGGACCCAGGGAGACAAGAUGAAGGGGCAUGAAUAACCCCUCAUACAUCCAGACUCAGAUGAUCUGCAGGCAGGUGGAGGUAGAUAACAAAGAAGAAGCUGACACAAAUUAGCUGUGCUUAGGGAUGUCAGCGGUGAAACUGUUAAUUGAUUUACUGCUGAGAAUAUUUUUGACCUGUAAGGCAUGUCAGUGUGUAGGUUAAUUUUGCUACUGUUCAGUUUACUGCACUGCACACCACCUGGGUCUGGUGGGAGCAGGCCUCCAGGAAAGCAGCUCAGCCUGGCUUUCACUUUUUCCCAGUGGCCACUCGCAGUAUUGCAACAAAAAAUUCCCCUACAGCCUAAAA